AUGAAAUUCAGCAACCAAGCCGGCCUUUUGACCAUGGCAUUGGCUACCGCCAAUGCCGCCAGCUCUGCUUCUUCGAGCAGCUCUUAUCAGCCAAGAACGUACUCCACGUACAGUCCUUCGGCGUCGCAAAUUGCGCAGGACGCAGCCAAGGCCACCUCGAACCACCGCACUUCCAAUGUCACUGGAGCUGCAGCCAACCGUAUUUUCCAGAUCUGGCUGGAAAACACCGACUACGACAAAGCCGCCGGUGAUGAAAACUUGGCAUGGUUGGCAACUAAGGGUAUCACUUUGGACAACUACUGGGCGUUGACCCACCCUUCAGAACCCAACUAUUUGGCUUCUGCCGGUGGUGACUAUUUCUCCCUCGACGAUGACCGUUUCAUUACGCUCCCAUCCAACGUCUCCACCGUUGUCGACUUGCUCGACACCAAAAACAUCUCGUGGGCCGAGUACCAGGAACAUUUGCCAUACACUGGGUUCCAAGGGUUCAACUACUCCAACCAGGAGACCUUUGCCAACGACUACGUCAGAAAACACAACCCAUUGGUCUUGUACGAAUCCGUCACCAACGACGCUGACCGUCUCGCCAACAUUAAGAACUUCACCGAGUUCUACCGUGACGUGAACGGCUCCACUUUGCCACAGUGGAGUUUCAUCACUCCUAACAUGACCAACGACGGUCACGAUACCACCAUCAAGGUCGCUGGUGCCUGGGCUCGUGGGUUCCUAGAGCCUUUGUUGUCCAACGAGUACUUCAUGGAAAACACCUUGGUUGUCCUAACCUUUGAUGAAAAUGAAACCUACUCCAUCAAGAACAAGGUCUUCACCAUCUUGCUUGGUGGCGCCGUGCCAGAAAAAUUGCAUGGUACUACCGACUCUACCUACUACGACCACUACUCGCUACUGUCGUCCGUUGAGGCCAACUGGAACUUGCCAAGUUUGGGCCGUCACGACGUCGACGCUAACGUGUUCCAGCUAAUUGCCAAUGCCACCAAUAUUACCAACAUGGCUGUUGACACCACAUACAAAGUCAACAACCAAACUUACACUGGUUACUUGCUCGACGAUCAAAUCGCCCUCCCAGCUCCUAAUGUCACUGCCAUCAACAAGAACGGUAAGGGCGUUCUACCAAAGAUUGUGUCUGUGUGGGGUUCUGAGUACUCUGCUCAAGCUUCCGCCAGCUACUUCACAUCGACCACCACUACUCAAUCCGCUGCGUCCUUGACUGAUGCUGUCACCAUUGCUAGCUCUGAUGUCCAGAAGUCUGCUUCUGUUACCGGUUCCUCUGCUUCUGCUAGCGGUUCUUCUAUCUCUGCCAGCGCUUCUCACAACUUGACCUCCAUCGUCUCUCAUGGUGGUUCCGGAGUCACCGGUUUGAGCUGGACCUCUUUGGUUGCUCUCAUGAUGUGCUCUAUUUUCGCAUGA